UCUCCUCCGCCGCUAGUUCAAAGUUGCAUUACGAGUUCAGUAGCUAGAUUCGCGGUCUCACUCUCAUGAAGAUGAUCACACUUUCUAAAUUCUUUCCGAAUAGGUUAAACGUAUCGUCUGCCGUUUUCAAGAUGCAUAUUUUACCUCCACAAUCCGCAACUUUGGCGUCCACUUCCACUUGUCCAGUUCAGUUAUAGAAGCGAGUAAUGAUGGGUGCGUUAUUCGCACGAGAUUAACGAAAAUUUGCAAGCAUUGUGAUUCGAUCAAUUUUGAUUAUGCAAACGUUUCAAUGGUUCAUUUUGUUUUCAUGCGGCUGCGGAUUCAUUCUAAUUGCUGUCGGGUUUUUUGAAAUCAGUUGGAUUCAGUGCGAGGAAGUGUCCAAAUCCGAUUCGAUAAUUCGAAACGGAAAUCAAACGAACGGUUGCGGAUUCCCUGUGUAUGCUGUUUAUGGUCAUGAUGUUGACUCCGGAUAUUUAAAACAUGUUUUUGAAAUGUUCGAGUAUUUUGGAUUUGUGCGUGGCUCAUUAGAAUCAAAUGAAUGGCAUGUACUUUGGGCUCAUGAUUAUCCAUUCCGGAAAUUCGCAGAUAAAUUGAAAAAACUGAAACCACAUCAAAAGGUUAACCACUUUCCUGGCACUGGAUUCAUCACCAACAAGCUUGAUUUGGCGAAAACGAAUUCCAAAUACAUUCCAAAAGCAUUUCAAAUGCCCGAUCAAAAAGAAAAUCUUUUAAAAUAUAUAUCAAAACAUCCCAAAAAAGUAUUUGUUCAAAAAAGCAACGAUCAUCGUGGUAUAAAAAUUGAAAAAAUUGAAAAUUUGAAUUUAUCUGCAAAAGGAACUUUUCUUCAAGAAUUUGUAGAUAAUCCUCUUCUAGUCGACGGACAUAAAUUCGAUAUCGGAGUGUACACCAUAAUCACAUCCAUAGAACCUUUAAGAGUUUACAUUUACAAUGGUGAUAUUUUAUUUAGGUUUUGUCCAGACAAAUAUUACCCAUUUGAUCCAGAAAAUAGAAAUAAAUAUGUAAUCGGGGACGAUUAUUUACCUAUUUGGGAAGUUCAAUCAUUAAAAAAAUAUUUCACCGAAGGAGGAUACUCGAUGAAAGAAUCUUUCAAUGCAUAUCUACGCUCUAGAGGACGAAACCCAGACAAAAUGUGGUUCAAAAUAGAAGAUGCAAUUAGAAAUAUAAUAUUGCUGAAAGAGUCUUCUAUAUCGAGAUUACUUGAAAAGUACGCUUCCAAACGAAACUUUUUUGAAAUGGUUCGUUUUGAUUUUGCGGUCGAUGAUGAUUUAAAUGUAUUCAUAAUGGAAGCGAACAUGUCACCUAAUUUAUCAUCUGCUCAUUUUCCUCCGAACAGAAUAAUUUAUUAUCAAGUUUUAUUCAACGUGUUUUCUUUAGUCGGCAUAAUCAAUUACAAAAAAAAUAAUAGAGCGAUAGAAACGCCGGAAGUUUCCACGAAGAAUUUAAUGGUUUAUCCAGAUCAGUGUUCAAGCAACGAAUGUUCCAAUUGCUUAUCAUCUCGGUGCCAAUUAUGUUUAAAAUGCAUGAGCAAAGAAGUCGUGGAUUACUUGAAAGCUUCCUACAUUGAACACAAUAAUCGACAAGACUGUAAACGAAUAUUUCCACCCAGUAACAUUGAUUUGCUGCAUUUAAAUGAAACGCACAACUAUUCCCCUGAUAACCAAUUGAUAUGGAAUUGGUUUAGGGGGAAAUGUUUAUUAGAUAAAAGUUGGUGCUGAUUGCUGAAGAGAACCACUUUCGAAUUAUUGUUUGGGUAUGAUGAACUAUUUAUUCACUUACGCGAGAGUGAACUAUUAAUACUCAUAUUGAAUGUUUAAUUACUUUAUGUUUUCGCUGUAGCUGUUACGUAUUUGUAUGAGCGAAUUAGAUACCAAUCAUAAUUUAAGAUUGUGCUGUGGGUACAUUAGGUACUUGUUACCAAUAUUAAUGUUACCAAAUUAUCAAUGUAUGUACAUUAUACCUAUUACCUAUUUAUGUAUUGGAGUAUAAACUAUAGUUUUCGCUCAUUU